AUGGUAGUGGUAGCGUUUAUUCUUAUCCUGAUGUUUGGAGCUUCUGCAAUGCAAGACAACAUCAUUGAGUAUGAAGAAAAUUCUAAUGGUGGCUUAAAAACUCCUAUUACAGAUCCUGAGAUUCUUAAUCAGCUUUUCCAAAACAACGAAGGAUCUCGCCAAGAAAUAAGAUCAAAUGCUACAGAAAAAGAAAGAAAACUAACACCAACUUGCACAAAUGGUCAAAAUAAUUGCCAGACUUGUGCAUCUGCAAGCUAUUGUCAACAGUGCACUACAAAUGCUGCUAUGUGUGCUUACCUUGAAUACACCCUAUCUGACAUUAUCAAAUUUUACUCUAUACAGAAAACCAUUUUACUUACUGUUUUUCUUCCUUCAAAAUGGCUUUUUGAAGAAUAAAUAGGAUACUGAUUGAAUCAACCAGCAAAUAUAUAAUUUUAUAAUUCAACUAAUAAGUUCUUUGGGCUAUAAAUUAAAAAUGAUCCAUGGCCAUAAGUGGCAACCCAUUAGUUUUUCAUCCUUAAUCUCGGCUCCAGGAUAGCUCCAGACAAGAUUCUGAUGCUACUAUACUACUUGUUUCGACGCCAUCUUGGAUUUCCGACCUAAACUACCUGUCCAAGGGAUCAGCUCCCUAGAGUAGAGCCACCGUCUGUAGAGUGCCCCGAUGGUCUCGAUGAGGAAAGACCAUUUAUUAGGCAAAAUCUGUCUAGCCCAUCUGGCAGGGACAGGAAAAACUUUGGGGAAACAAACUUCCCUUUUCGGCAAGGCAUCCCCUAGCCUGAAGGUCUACUUUAAGAGGAAAAGAGGCGCCUGCUUUCAGCUUCAUCAGGAUGGGUCCUAUCUGCUCCUUAGGAAGUUCUCCUCGAGUCCAAUUUCUGUCAACGUCAUCAUUUUAUUUUUUUCUUUGGGCUAGGCAUCUUAUAUAAUUGGAAAAUAAAAUUAUAUUAAUUAUAAAAAUAGUUUAAAAUAAAAAAUUGUAAGUGCUAGCUAUGUUUAGAGACUGCCAACUUUAAAAACUGCUCCGUUUUAAAGGAAAUCAAAUUAUUUUUUAAAAUUUUACUGAUCUAUUCAACAUGCAUGAGUAUAUUCCUGACACUUAUGGUGGAUGCACUUCAUCAUAUAUGAGAAAUUGUGCUAUAGUUUCUUCCGCUACUGUAUGUGAAACUUGCAAAGCAGACCAUUACAAAGGCUGUGCAUCAUGUAGUGCCUUAAUGGAAGGUUGUCUUACUUGCUCUGAUGAUGGAAAAUGCACCAAAUGUGAUUCAGGAUAUCAAUUAGUUUCGGAUUUUUCUUGCGGGAAAUGCAGUGAUUCAAACUGCGAUACCUGCACAGGCGGAGGUUUAACUUGCAAUACAUGCAAAACAGGGUAUUUUGAGGAAUCUGGCAGUUGUAAGCCAUGCUAUGACUUUAGUCCAAAUUGUAGGGAAUGUCUAAGAAAGAACUUCUGUACCAAAUGUACGGGAGGAGAUAUAGCAAAUGAUAAAGGCGCUUGCACUUUCUUAUCAAUUCCAAAUUGUAAAGUAGUCUAUUCUGUGACAGGCAAAUGUAGCACUUGUGAGAGCGGGUAUUACCUUAAUGGUGAAUCCUGCGACCAAAUAAUAGUAUGCACAGGCACUCAAUACUGGGAUGGUGUCAACAAGCAAUGCCAGGAAUGCAGCACAAUUGAUACAGACUGCACCGCUUGCACCUCAGAUGGAAAAUGCACUUCAUGUAUGGCUGGAAAAAUACUUAAUGAUUUAAACUCAUGCUCCGAUUCACCUCUUACUCAUUGUUCUUUGGUUAGAGGUACAGAUCCAAAUUAUUGCACGAAAUGCUCAACUGGAUAUAUCUCUGACGGAGCAGGAGGGUGCAUACAGUCUCAACUACAGUAUUGUGACGUGGCCUCUGAUGCUGGUACUUGCACAACCUGCUCUAGUGGAGCUGCUUUCAGCUGCGCCUCUUGCAACGCAAUUAAUACAAUCUCUAAUUGCGCUUGUGCUUCUCAAGGCGGCUCAGUUUGUGCCAUAUGCAAUGAUGGCCUUAGUCUUAUUGCAGGUAUAUGCUCUCUAGGUAUUUUUCUAUUUAGCUUGUUCUUCUAAUUGUGCGACUUGCUCUUCGAAGGACGUAUGCACUCAAUGCAAUUCAGGAUAUUUCCUUUAUGAUGAAAGUGCGACUAAAACAAGCUGUGUUUGUAAGAUUUAUUUAGCAUGUGCCGAUUCGUGCAAUUUAUGCACUAAUAGUCCUAAUUGUUAUAAGUGUGCUGACUUAGUAGUCCAAGAUGGAAGUUCGUGCAGAGUGGAUAAAGUAGGAUAUCAAUUGAGUUUCGACUCUCCAGAUGUCGUUAUUGAUUUAGCUCAUCCACUUUCGAAAACGGUGGGAUUUGAUUCUUUUACAGCUUCUAAAGGUCAAGUUUCUGUUCCUACAGGAGGUUGGAGUAUUAAAUCAUCGACAGUAAGUCAGAUCAAGGUUCAGACUGAUUUGGAUGAAACUAAGCUUCCAAUUGAUAUCACAUUCAGCUUUAAGCAGAAUGAAUCUUAA